AUGUUCCAUUUAGCUUCUUCGCUAUAUACCCAAUACACAAAAAGAGAGCAGUACAAUAUUCUAAUACUUGGGCUUGAUAAUGCUGGUAAAACAACAUUUUUAGAGCAUAUUAAGCUCUUGUAUGCCUCCCCUGGGGGUACAGAAAAGGCUGGAAAUUCAGAUAUAGAUACAAAAAUUGCAUUAAAAUCAAAGAGAAUUCUACCCACUGUGGGCCAAAAUACAACUACGGUAAAAUUUGAGGUCUCCGAAGGUUCCAAUUUGUCAUCUUCAUAUAACAACAUCAACUUGAAGUUUUGGGAUUUGGGUGGCCAACAAUCGCUAAGAAGUAUGUGGUCACGAUAUUAUCGCUCGUGCCAUGGAAUUGUAUUUGUGAUUGAUUCUACAGAUACCGCUAGAUUUCAAGAAUGUUAUGACACAUUAAUGGAAAUCACCCAUAAUCCGUCGUGGUCCGAAGAUGACGACACCCACAAUGUUAACGUACCAAUUCUCAUGAUGGCUAAUAAGCAGGACUUGCCAGAGGCUGUAGAUUUGGUUUCGUUAAAAACUGGGGUGUUCAUCCAAUUGGUUUCAGAGCUCGAAGCUACAGACCUGAAACUCUUGCCAGUAUCAGUGUUGGAGAAUCAGGGUCUUCGCGAAAGUUUGGAGUGGUUAAUCACACGCUUGGUAUAUAAUAAGAGCAACAAGAUGCCGGAAUACAAGUAA